CAGCCUAAUUACUCCUCCAUAGAUAUUAUCUCUUUACAUGUCAGCGUGGCCAGGGAAGGUUAUUAAAGGCUGAGCUGAUCUUAGCAUGUCAUGCCUGACAAAUAGAAUGAGAGGAGGGGAGUAACUGGGGCUGGACUAAGGCUUGCCUUUAAUACAGUCUGCAGGCUAGAGUAGUAUUCACACAAUCUGCCAGCCAGCAAAGCAGAAGAAGGAACUCAACAUAUUCAGCAUGGAAAACAAGACUUCUCCUUUUAACAAACCAAAGGUUGAACUUCAUGUGCAUUUAGAUGGAAGCAUCAAGCCUGAAACCAUUUUAUAUUUUGCCAAGAAGAGAGAGAUUAAGCUCCCAGCAGACACUCUCGAGGACCUUUUGCAACAUGUUUCGUACCAAGAACCCCUCAGCCUCACAGAAUUCCUCGCCAAAUUUAAUAUUUACAUGCCUGCUAUUGCGGGUGACAGAGAAGCGAUAAAAAGAAUUGCCUACGAAUUUGUCGAAAUGAAAUCCAAAGAAGGAGUGAUUUACGUUGAGGUCAGAUAUAGUCCUCAUUUUCUGGCCAACUCCAAAGUGGAUCCCAUCCCCUGGGGCCAGAAAGAGGGUGACGUGACGCCCGACGAAGUGGUUAACCUCGUUAAUCAGGGAUUACGGGAAGGAGAGAAAGCGUUUAACAUCAAAGCCAGGUCUAUUCUAUGCUGCAUGCGUCACAUGCCAAAUUGGUCGGCCGAGGUGGUGGAGCUUUGUAAGAAAUACAAAAAUAACACGGUUGUUGCCAUUGACCUUGCCGGAGACGAGUCGCUGGACUGCGAGGCAUACCCCGGGCACAGAAAGGCUUACGAGGAGGCAGUGAAGUCUGGCGUCCAUCGGACAGUCCACGCCGGGGAAGUAGGACCGCCACGAAUUAUUAAGGAGGCCAUUGAGGUGCUGAAGGCGGAACGCAUCGGGCACGGAUACCACAUUAUCGAGGAUCCAGUCCUCUACAGAGAGCUGCUGGACAAGAACAUGCACUUUGAGACAUGUCCUUGGUCCAGCUACCUAACUGGUGCUUGCAAUCCAGAUUUCACAAGACACCCAGUAAGACAAUUCAUGGAAGAUAAAGCAAACUACUCCUUAAACACAGACGACCCUCUAAUUUUCAGGUCUACCUUGGAUCUUGAUUAUUCCAUUGCAGUCCAGCACAUGAAGUUCACCGAGGAAGAGUUCAAGAGAGUGAAUAUUAAUGCCGCAAAAGCCAGCUUUCUACCGGAGAACGAGAAGAAGGAAUUACUCUAUCAGUUGUACGAAGCUUACGGAAUGCUGGUGUCAACCGGACUGUGAACAUGACCUUUCCACCUUCGUCAAAACCCAAGAUCCUCCAGCCUUUAGACAAACACACGCACUCUUCCUAUGUUUAUUUACUGCCCAUUCAAUAUGUCAUCAGGAUGGAUAUCUUCAUUUUUACACUUUUUACUUAAAUCAAGUAUAGUUCAGGCUGGUACUGAAAGGGGUCCAAGUGCCUCCACCAGUUCAUGUUCAGUGCAUCCUCAUCAUGGCCUUGGGUCUCAUAAGGUUAACAACGUACUGAGCUGUGUUUUUUUUGCGCGUUUGUGGCUUUGGUUGAGUAAUACAGCAGUUAGAAAGGUUUUAAUAAAGAGCCUCAAGCCAACGAACAAUAAAUUAAGAUUAGUCCAUAAUAAAACUCAGCUCCCUGACAUGUGUAGAACAUUCA